UAUUUGUUAGUGUAAGGAUAACAGUUGCAUGCUAUACCAGCUGUGUGGAAGAAAUUUCACCUAUACAAAAAACAGUAUUAUGUCUGUAUAUCUGUAAAUGUGUCCUCAGCAGCAUAACUUGCAGAGUUGCACCGGUGCUAUCUCCCUUUGCUACUUGCAUAAAGCUUCUGUCAAACUUCUGAGAGUUUUUCCUCAACAAGCCGACUCUCCUUCUGUCUGAUAAGCAAGGUGAAACAUUAUCAGUACCUGUCACUGAUUUUUUUAUUUUUUUUCCUGGCUGCUUAACUCUUGUCAUGCUCUGGUUAUCUUUUUUUUUUUUUGUAGAAUCACAAAAAGCAGUUGAAGUGUUGUGCAUGACUGAUGGAUGAGGAAAUGAGAAAACUGUGAAGCUUGAAGACACAGUUCUGUGAUGUUAGAUUCCUCAUGACUUAUUUCCCAGCACACACCAGUCUGUUUUUCUUACUGCUCUCACUCUCUCUCUCUCUCUCCCCCUGUCUUAUACUGUGUGUCAAUGUCUGUGUAUGUUUGUGUUGUAAGAUUACUAUUCAGUACCUCGUGUGCUGCUCCAACAUGGAAGGCACCAUCGACUACACAGAUGAUCUAUUUUCUGAUUCAGAGUUGUGGGACAACAUGACGGCUGGUAACACCAGCUCCGUUUUCACGCCUAUGCUGUCGCCGGUACUGGACAAAACCAUCAACAUACUUUUGGUAAUCGUCUUGUUCAUCACCAUGGUUUCACUGGGAUGCACCAUGGAGGUGUCUAAGAUCAAGCGACACAUAGUGAAGCCUAAGGGGGUGACGAUAGCAGUACUGGCCCAGUAUGGUGUCAUGCCUCUUACAGCCUUCUGCUUAGCUAAGGUGUUCUGGCUGGACGAAAUGACGGCUGUGGUGGUUCUGAUCUGUGGCUGCUGUCCUGGAGGAAGUCUCUCCAACAUCCUGGCUCUGGCUCUGCAGGGGGACAUGAACCUCAGCAUUGUGAUGACUUCCUGCUCCACGUUGCUGGCUCUGGGCAUGAUGCCCCUGCUGCUCUACCUCUACUGUCAGGGUUUCACAAACCUGCAGAACUCAGUGCCCUACGUGGACAUCAUCGUAUCGCUGUUCAUGAUUCUCAUUCCCUGUGGAGCCGGCAUCCUCAUCAACUACUACAGGCCGCGGUACGCCAAGACCAUCACAAAGGUCGGCCUCAGUAUAAUGAUGAUUUCUGUUGUGGGGAUCGGCACCGUUGCCAGCUUUGCAAUCGGUGGCUCCAUCCUGACGGUGCUGUCUCCUCCUCUGAUGGCCAUCGGGGCUCUCAUGCCUUUCACAGGCUACACCUUCGGAUACAUCAUCUCCUCACUCUUCAAACUCAACCAGUCGGAGCGGAGGACUGUUGCUAUGGAAACAGGCUGUCAGAACAUCCAGCUGUGCUCCACCAUACUGAAGUUGGCCUAUGCCCCCGAGGUGAUCGGCCCUCUGUUCCUGUUCCCCAUGGUCUACGUGUCCUUCCAGCUGCUGGAGGCGGCCGUGCUCAUCGUGCUGUUCAGGUGUCACCAGAGGUUCACGCCCACAGAGGAAGGCACAUACCAACCAGCCAGCACUGAGGACAACUUAAAAGAGGCGUGUGAGGGGACGGUGUGAUGGACGGACCUCAUACAGCUCCUGAAUUUUUGUCCAGCGAUGUGAACUAUUGGGAGACGAGACAAAGCCCUGCAGUUCACUCAGGGCUCCUCCACUACUUGAAACAAACUGCAAAGAUGUGAAUCUGCAAGGAAGCCAUUUUGUGUAGUAGUUUACCUGUACUCAUCCAGCACUGACGAAGACAAAAUUCAUGAUUUAGUUAAAAUGCUUUUAUUGAGUUCUUUGUCUUCCUACAGCAUACAAACGUCCAUCAUAUUUUUUCACUGUAAAAUAAAAUCCUUACGUAAAAAAUGUUGAAUUUUUGUCUACAUGUUCAUUUGAACCACAGUAACACCAGUCACAGUACCAACAAGAAUUCUUGGAAUUACAUUUAUACACUAAAACAAAAGUCUCCAAUGCUGUACACAAAACCCUUAACCAAAAGGAUAAAAUAACAUUCAUUACAAUGCUAGAAUUAACUGCAUUAUGUGUCAAUAUCAUUUUAAAGUGUUCAAAUCAAAGAGUUGACCUCAUCCUCAAAAGAGCCACACAUCCAAAAAAAAAAAUAAAAAAAUUUAACAGUCACUGAAAGAAAUUGUAGGAUCCUUGAAAUAAGGUAAGUUUACUGUACAGCUCUUUAACUGAUGGAACAAUGUGCUUUAUUCUACACGUGUUCUUGAUACUGAAGCUGCCAAUGCCAGUUAUAAUGAUGGUUUGUAUUUGAGUUUUAAACAGAAAUAAAAUAUCAGUAGAAUAAUAAAUUCUUAAUUUUGAUCAAACAAAAGCCCAUGCAAGCGUCCUAAUUUAUACAGAUCACUCACAGCAGCUGUGGCGGGUACAGUAGGUCAGGAAAGAGAGGAAAAGAUGUGAGCAAUACGGAGAAAAAUGUGGAAAGUGAUUAAAAAUUCUCACACCUACAAGCAAAAAUAUCACAAGGAG